CCUGCAGCCGAACAAGGAGCAAGCUGCCGGCAGCACCCACCCCUUGAAGAACCGAUAGAAAGCUUGAAAUUUCUCCUUCUUCUCUUGUUAAAUAACAAGCAUUAGGACUUAGAAACCCUCCAUAAAGCAAGGAAAUUCCAGAUCUGCUCGGUGUCUCUUCCUCCCCUGUCCGUCGGGUUCUGCUAGGUGUGAAUCCUUCGGCUUUUCUGUUUCCGUGAGUCCCCUGCAGAUUGCCGUCGGCCUCUUUCCCCCCUGCCAGGUCCGGUUCUGCAGCUGGAAAAUUCUGGUAGGUUGGCUUCUCUAAUUCUCGAAAAUUAGUUGAUAAAUUGCUGCCCUAUGUUGUCCGAAAAUCUGUUGAAAAAUGGGGAUGAAUUUGACAGUAAUUAGACCAUGAUUUAGCUUAAUUCAUGUAGAAAAUUAGUUUAUUUUGGCUGCUGUGAUUUUUGGAGAAAAAUCCCGUGAGAUUAGCUAUGGUUUUGUCAAUUUUGGAGGAUUGCAGUCACUGUUCACGACAUGAUCACUGUUUAUGGGCACUGUUCACACACACGGAUGGCCAACAAUUAACGGGGAUUUAAAUGUUUAGUUUGUAAUAUAAGAACAAAUUUAGAGAUAUUUGACCAACAUUUUAAGUAUUGAUUCCAAUGCUAUGUUAUUUUUAAAGAUUUAAAAAAUCACCUUAAUUAUUUUGACUCAAGCCAAGCUCAUUGCACAUGUUAUUUAAUGUUGGUGCCAGGUCAACUUUGCUUUUCUCUGCAAUUCACCUUGAUAUUUUGAUUAAAAAAAUCACUUUAGUUGAUUUUUCAUAGGUAAUUAUUGCAGGUUGAGCAGGAGUUGUUUGUGUAAUUCCAAAUAGAAUUCUAAGUUUGUAGACUACUAGAAGUUGAGAUUUUCUAUAAGCUUCUUUCACAUUCCAGUGUUUUUUACUUGAUAGAAGGCAUUUUUCCACUAAAACUUUAUAUUUUAUAUUGUAAGCUUCCUUUUUUAUAUCAGGUGUUAAGUAGUGAACAAUAAAAGCCUGGAUCAAGU